AUUUUUCUCUUUUUAAUGGUUUUUUUUUUUAUUUUUGUUUGCAUGCAUUAAUUAGGUUAACUUAUUUUAAUUCUUUUGCAUGCACUGGGAAUUCUUGAACCUGAGUCCAAAAUGCAAUUUAGUUUCUUGUUUAGGUUGGUGGGUAAUGGUUCUUGCUUUUGAUGGGUUUUUGCUGAUUGGAUGAUCAUGACCGUUGGCUUAGUCGGCUUUGUUUAAAUUUGUUUUUUUUUUUUUAACUGACUAGCAAUGGAGGAUAUUGACCCAUUUGGUUUUUGGCAGCUUUUUCAUCUUGAAGUAAGCUUGAAUUGACAACCCAUUUAGCUGUUUUAUUUGUUAACUUUUAGUAAUAAACCUUUUCUGUUCCAAUGAUAAAUCAUUAAGUAGGUCCCCCUGGUUUGAUGGUUUAAGACAAUGUCAUGCUCUGUUGUUGAGGAUUCAGUAGUGUGAAUAAUGACUAUUUCAGUGCCUUGGAGGAAUGCCGUGAUCAUCAAUCAAUUAAAAUUGUGUGCCUUCCACUUUAAUUAACUUGAGAAAGACUGAGCAAUUUUGGACUCUUGAUUGUAGCUAAAUUGCCAACUCUUGUGCAUCUGUUGUAUGAUAGGGGGACCUGAAAAUUUCUAUUUAUACUUGUAAUGUCUAGGUGGACAUCUCCCAAAUCGCCACUUGGCUUCACUCACAGCAGUAAUGUAAUGAUGGUUGUGUGGGGCCUCUAUGAUUUUAGCGAUUUGGAAUGGUGAGGGGGAAGCUGAUCUUGAUUUGCCAGUCUGGUGGUGAAUUUGUGACAAAAGAUGAUGGAUCCUUGUCAUAUGCUGGAGGAGAGGCACAUGCCUUAGAUAUCAGUCCUGAGACAGUAUUCGAUGAUCUCAAGUACAAAUUAGCUGAAACAUGUAACUUGGAAUAUAAAUCGUUAUCCUUAAAGUAUUUUCUUCCCAGAAAUAGGAGAACUCUAAUUACUUUGUCUAAUGACAAAGACCUAAAAAGGAUGUUUGAUUUUCAUGGGGACUCAGUGACUGCAGAUGUUUUUCUUACAGGGAGAGAAGGCUUUGAUCCUUUAGCUUUUGACAUGCAUGCUAGCAGGCAAAGUGGCAUAAAACUAGCCAAAACUGUGACUACAACUGUGGCUUCUCGAGCUGCUCCCACUUGUCCUGCCACUUCCAAAGUUGCUCCCUCUGCUGUUACCCUGAAGGAUAUUCCUGUUGCCAUAGCAUCCCCGUCUGACUCUGUGGUAGCUGUCAAUGCAACAAUCCGAAGCCCCACCAGAGCAGCAAUUACCUCAAAACGUUCUUCUGUAAGUGGCAUUGCCAAUGGUCUUUUUGAGGUCAGCGUUGCUGAUGCAACUGCCCGUAGCACAGAUACAAUUGAUAUGAGUGCUUCUCCUGCUGAUACUGUUAAGAAACGAAGGCGCACUGCCUCCUGGAAAAGUGGUGCAAAUGUGCUUACCAAUGUGACUGUUGCUGACAAUCUCAAGGAGAUGCGAACUACUACAUCCAGGAAAAAGAAUGCCAGGAAUCGCAAGCCCACUGCAGUAGCUGAUAAUGUGGAGCAGCAUUUUGAGCCCGGGAUAGAUAAUGCUGAUUGUAACUUUGCUCCCCAUGAUUCUAGUGAUGCUUCACCAGGGAAACUGCUUUCAUCAUGGAAAAAUGGCAUUACUGGUGAAGGCCAGGAUUUCAGAAGUGUGGCGGAAUUUCGUGAUGCUCUACAGAAAUAUGCCAUUGGACAUCGCUUUGCAUAUAAAUUAAGAAAGAAUGAUACUAAUCGUGCUAGUGCCAUAUGUGCAGCGGAAGGCUGUCCUUGGAGAAUUCAUGCAUCUUGGGUUCCAUCUGCUUGUGUGUUUAGGAUUAAAAAAUUGCACAGAUCACAUACAUGUGGUGGGGAAUCUUGGAAGACUGCUACUCCGGCUAAAAAUUGGUUGGUGAAUAUUAUAAAGGAUAGGUUAAAGGAUGGCCCACUUCAUAAACCAAAAGAAAUUGCUAAUAGCAUUCUUCGUGAUUUUGGGCUUGAGCUGAACUAUUCACAAGUAUGGCGCGGAAUUGAAGAUGCUCGGCAGCAACUUCAGGGUUCAUACAAAGAGGCGUAUGGUCAGUUGCCUUGGUAUUGUGAUAAGGUAAAAGAGGCAAAUCCUGGUAGUUUUACAAAGCUUCUCAUUGGAGAUGAUAGAAAAUUUCAGCGGCUUUUUCUUUCCUUUCAUGCUACAGUUUGUGGUUUCCAAAGUGGUUGUCGUCCACUUCUUUUCCUUGAGGCCAUCCCUUUGAAAUCAAAAUACCAUGAAAUUUUGCUCACAGCCACUGCACUAGAUGGUGAUGAUGGGAUUUUCCCUGUUGCAUUUGCUAUAGUAGAUAUCGAGAAUGAUGACAGUUGGCAUUGGUUUUUGGAGCAGUUGAGAUCUGCAGUGUCAAUUUCUCACUCUAUAACCUUUGUCUCUGAUAGAGAUAAGGGAUUGAUGAAGCAUGUGCUAGAAAUAUUUGAGAAUUCUUACCAUGGUUACUCGAUAUACUACUUGAUGGACAGCUUCAUACAAAAUUUGAAGGGUCCAUUCCAUGGAGAAGGGAGGGCUUCAUUGCCUGGAAGUUUCUUAGCUGCAGCCAAAGCAGUGCGACUUGAUGGUUUUAGGAUGUACACUGAGCAAAUUAAACGGGUUUCUUCAAAUGCUUAUGAUUGGGUCAUGCAGAAUGAACCCGAAUACUGGGCAAAUGCAUUUUUCAAGGGUGAGCAUUUUAAUCACAUAACACUUGACAUUGCGGAGUCAUAUGCCAAGUGGAUAGAGGAAGCACGAGAACUACCCAUUGUACCGAAGGUAGAAGUACUAAGAUGUAAGAUAAUGGAGUUAAUGAAUGGUCGUCAAACAGAAUCCAGUAACUGGUCCACAGAACUUACUCCAUCUAAGCAGGAGAAGUUGCAAGAAGAGUGUGCAAAAGCACGUGGUCUAAAAGUAUUAUUCUCAUCUGAUACCCUAUUUGAAGUUCAUGAUAAUUCCAUUAAUGUUGUGGAUAUUGAUAAACGAUACUGCAGUUGUGCAAUGUGGAAACCAACUGGGCUUCCUUGCCGUCAUGCUAUUGCUGUCUUGAACUGCACAAGCAGGAGUGUAUAUGAUUAUUGUUCAAAAUACUUUACAGCUGAAAGCUUCCGAUCAGCAUACUCUGAGAGCAUAAACCCUGCUUCGACCAUUGCUCACCCCAGUGGAAAUGAAAAAGAUCCCUUAGAAGAUGAUGAGCAUAUAAUUCCUCCAUGUGCCUCACGGCCAUUAGGCCAACAGAAGAAAAUAAGGCGAACCAAAAGCGAGGGAAUUAUCAGAAGAUCAGUCUGUUGCACUAGGUGCAAAGGAGUUGGGCAUAAUAAGGUUACAUGCAAGGAAACCUUAUAGGAACAGGUACCUCCUCUUGUAUGUAUCACGCUGUACAGCUUUAAUGAUAUCUUCAAAUUAUUUCUACUUCCUUUGAAUAUCAUCUCGAUGAGCUCUGCGCUUGCAUUCCAUGACUGACCGUUUCUUGUUAUUCAAUUUAGUUAAGACUUUGUUCCAAUCUUCUCAUUGUUGCUAAAACCCAUUUUGAAGAGCGCUUAGCCAUACUUCUUAAAUGCCUCAGACAUCUAGUUGCUAAUGCUGGGUUAGAUCAAGUUCAAGCUAAAAUGCCUCCAACCAACGGUUAUUAGACUAUUUGCUCGAGUUGAAGUCAAACAUUUUUUAAAAAAAUUCCCCCUAGGGGAUGAUGGAAACCACCUUUUACUCAGUUCAUGUCAGCCCUCAAACAAUUAUAAUGCUAGGAAACUGGAAAUUGUUGUAACCUUUUACUGUCAUCUAUCCUCCGUCUGCUCCGUAUGGCAACGAACUCCAUUUUGACAGACAUUGCCAUGGUUUUAUUAUAGCACUUAAAUGGAUUGGAUCUGCUACUAAUCCAUUCAUUCAUUAAUGCCACUUUGCUGCAGCUGCACUCCCGUAAUCCUCCACUCUAGCGUGAGCCAAAACCAAAACAGUCCUUGAGAUAGUAUUCAUUUUUGGAGAUUCAAUAAGUGGUAAAGGCUGAAAGCCAUUUUUAAAACCAGAAACUGCCAUGACACC